GAUUAUUUGCUCCAAUAUUUGAUGAGGAUCGGCUAGCUAUUUGUCACCUACCGCCAAAAAGUACCAUUAGUUUUCUCAACGAUAAUGUGGAGCCUCGCAGACUACGCUGGUAUCCUAUUAGUCUUCGCAAUGGCAGUGAAUACGAAAUUCAUAUCAGGUCCAUGCUCUGCGUUUUCCUGUCAAAAUGGAGGAACAUGUUAUCCUGGACCAAAUUCCACCCAUUGGUGCAGAUGCACACCAUCUUACAAAGGUGACACUUGCCAGACGCCAUCAUGUAGCAAACGAUGUCAGAACGGUGGUACAUGCCUUACGCAUGACGAUGGUACAUCCAGCUGCAAAUGUCGACUAGGGUUUGCUGGCGAUCUUUGCGAGCAGGUGCUGGAUAGUGUGUGUCAACGGGAAUCGCCUUGUGGAAGUCAUGGUGAAUGCGUGUGUUCCACAAGUCUGGAGGAUUACGAAUGCAUCUGUGCUGAAGGUUGGAUUGGGCCAAAAUGCAGCGAGAAAGACCCAUGUCCAAGGGAUUACUGUCACCACGAAGGCAAAUGCAAAGCGAAUGGUACCGAAUUUUUCUGCGACUGUCCACGCGGCUACCAUGGCAAAAGAUGUGAACUAGACGUGAACGAAUGUGACCUAUCUCCAUGUGCAUUUGGAAGAUGUGUGAACACGAUGGGCUCGUAUCGGUGUGAAUGCGAUGCUGGUUUCAUCGGAAGUGACUGUCAAGUGUAUCGAAGUGGUUUCGAAUGCACUCCAGCUGGUCCGAAUGCUUGUAGAAAUGGUGGAUUUUGUUUGGUAGAGAAAAACAACAACACAUGUGUUUGCCCUCCGAUGUAUCAAGGACUUUACUGCGAGAAAGACGUUGACGAAUGCGCGGUCUCAAAUUCUUGCCAGAAUGGAGGUACAUGCAUCAACACCGAUGGAGGCUUUCUCUGCUUAUGUACCGCUGCUUUCGAAGGAGAAACAUGCAGCAUAAAUAAGGAUGACUGUCUUCACAAUAAAUGUGAAGCUGGUGCUACAUGUGUAGAUUUGACAGGAUCCUACCGAUGUGAAUGCCCUCCAGGACGGACUGGAUCUUUUUGUCAAUAUAAUGAUCCAUGUGUCAAUAUGCCCUGUCUUAACGGAAGAUGUAUUGGCGAUCCAGCGACUGGCAACUACACAUGUGCAUGUGAUCACGGUUAUACGGGAUUAUACUGCGAUCAGGACAUCGAUGAAUGUGCCGAAUGGGGCGAAGCGAUUUGCUACAACGGUGCCACUUGCGUUAAUGUUGCUGGUGGAUACACUUGUGAAUGUCCAGCAGGAGUAACUGGUGCUUCGUGUGAUACGCUGAUGGAGAUGUGCGAUCCCAAUCCGUGUUUGAACAAUGGAAUCUGUGUGGAUCGCUUAAAUCAUUUCGAGUGUUCCUGCGCUGAAGGUUUUACUGGACCAACAUGUGCAGAAAAAUGCCCAUUGGGUGAACGGUGCUCGUGUCUUGCGAAUGGAUGUCAAAAUGGCGGCCAGUGCAGAAAUAAUGGAUGUGAAUGCCCCACGGGCUUUGCUGGAGAAUUCUGCGAGAAAAAGCUGAGCGCAUGUGAGAUGACCAAGUGCCCAUUCGGUCAAAUAUGUGUGGAAAACAACAAAACAAAGGCUGUAAGCUGUGAGUGCCCUCCUGGUUUUACCGGAUUUGAUUGUCAAAGGGAAAUUGACGAGUGCACCGCUAAUCCUUGCCAACAUGGUGGUACAUGCUCGGAUAAAGUCAAUGACUAUCAUUGCAGCUGCUCAAGCGGGUAUAGUGGGAAAAACUGUGAGAAGAUCGUCGACCAUUGUGCAGCGAAUCCUUGUCUCAACAACGGACAAUGUAUCAAUGCCGCUCGCGCCAGCAUUUGUCACUGUACCGCUGCCUUCUUUGGAGAGAAAUGCCAGUACAAGAGGAAGCCUUGUUCUCGCAAUCGAUGCGAUAAUGGAGCAACAUGUAGACCAACCGCGAACUACAGAAAUUACACUUGCGAGUGCAAACCUGGGUUCGAGGGCAAAUUUUGCGAAAUUGAUAUUGACGAAUGUAAAGACCAACCCUGCAGAAACGGUGGAGUAUGUCGCAAUACUCAUGGAAGCUAUAACUGCAUUUGUCCAGAAGGCUAUACCGGAAAGAAUUGUUUGGAAAACAUUGACGAUUGUGCCAAGAAUCCAUGUCUGAACAACGGCACUUGCUUCGAUGAGCUGGCAAAUUUCCGAUGCGUCUGUCAACCUGGCUUCACAGGCAGAACCUGUGGUGUCGACAUUGAUGACUGCGCUUCAAAUCCAUGUCUAAAUGGCGCCACAUGUGUCGAUGGAAUAAAUCGCUACGAAUGUCUGUGCAAGCGAGGAUUCAGCGGCCGGGACUGCCAUUUUAACGACGACGAUUGCAGGCCUGGACUCUGCCUGAAUGGUGGUAGAUGCAUCGAUGGGAUGGAUGAUUACAAAUGUGAAUGCCCUCGCGGUUAUACCGGUAGAAAUUGUCAAGUUUUUGUGGACCUCGACAAAUUCAACGAAACAGACAGGAUGGAACGUAAUCUUUGCGCCCUUGCCGGUUGCACUUCCAAGGCCGGUAAUGGCAAAUGCGAUUCUGAAUGUAACUUCUACGCUUGUGGUUUCGACGGUGGUGACUGUUCGGCACGAGAGCCAGACCCCUUUGCAAACUGCAGUGCCGCCAGCUACUGCGCCCAUGUGUUCAAGGAUGGACGAUGUGACUCUAUUUGUAACAAUGAAGCGUGCCUAUUUGAUGGAUUCGACUGCGUUCCGACCACUCCCCGUUGCCCUCCACAGGUUGUGGAUUACUGUCGCUCACACUACGCUGACGGAGUUUGCGACAACCAGUGCGAUCUGCCCGGAUGCGCAUUUGAUGGCGGCGAUUGCUCCACAGAGAAACAUACUUCGCUUUCUGGUGACAUAUCCUUAGUCGUCCUAACUACUCCCGAAGAAUUUGCAAGGAAUGUGGGAAUGUUCCUCCUCACUCUGAGUCAAAAACUUCGUGCGUCAGUUCGAAUUAAGACCGACGACGAUGGACCACUUGUUUUUCACUGGAAUGGCAAACCGUCUCCCAAGCGAAUCGCUCUCCCCAAAGAUCAGCGUUUGUUCGUACAAUUCGGAGGCGAAAUUCGUCUGAAACGUUCUGUUUCGAAUGUCGGUGUGCUGGUCUGGAUUGAAGUCGACGUUUCUGGCUGUCACGGGGAUUGUUUUAGUAACGUGGAUACUGUUGCGAACUAUCUUGGAGCAGCUAGUGCUAAGAAGGAUUUGUCGGAAAUGGGCAUGCCCAUCUACGAAGCGAUCGCUCGACAUCCAAAUUCUACCGUACCCCUUCCGCAUUCCGACGGAUAUUGGGCAUUCAUCAUCGGCUGUUUCGCUAUUUUAAUUGUCAUCGCUUCUGUGUUUGUGCUACAGCAAAGAACAAGAAAGCGUCGCACUAUCAAAGCUCCUUGCUGGAUUCCUCCCACCGAAGCUCAGAAUAAACUUGCUUCCCUGUCACAAAGUGAACAAAUGUUGCGAGCUGGAUUCUACUCCGACCAUCUCUUUGGAUCAAAACGUCCGCGACUGGAUAAUUUAAAUUUCUACGAUUCCGACCCCUUCACUACCUUGCACUCAAACAAAUAUCCCAGAGUGGAACUGAAGCCCACCAAAAAAGUCCACCCACCGCCAACACUUCUUCACGAACAAGCCUCGUCCAGCACACCUAUCGAAGUCGAGCAGUCCACAGUAAAUGUGCGUGGUCCUUUCGGAAGGACAGCGCUGAUGAUGCUGUGCGACAAUUCAGAAAAGACCGAGACUCAGCUGGUUGAAGAGGCGAAAAAGAUCUGUAACGCUGGUGGAGAUCUCAAUUUGCAGGAUGAUGAUGAGGAGACUGCAAUAUUCAUAGCUGUUCGGAGAGGUCGACUAGCUCUUGUAAAGCAGCUUUUGGAGAUGGGUGCUGAUCCCACGAUUAUGAAUAGGAACGAUUCCACGUGUUUGCAUGAAGCUGCAGCCAAUUGCAAUUUGAGAAUGGUCGAAGAGCUCCUAAAACAUAAUUCUGUAGUCAAAGAGAUUGAUGUCUGCGACAACAACGAUCGCACUCCUCUUAUGAGAUGCGCUGCAAAUGACACUGUAGAUCAUCAAGUGGCAUCACUUUUAAUUCGAAUGGGGGCCGAUCCAUCAUAUCCUGGAGACAAGAGCGCUCUAUCCUAUAACGGACGUACCGCACUGCAUUAUGCUGCACAAGUGAACAACGUUCAAAUGAUAGAAUUUCUCAUAAGUAAAGACGCGAACAAGGAUGCGCAAGACCUGGAGGAUCGAACUCCGCUGUUUCUUGCUGCAUCCCAUGGGCAUGUCGAGGCAGUGCAAGCGCUCGUCAAAGCUGGAGCAUCUCUGGAAAUAACUGAUCAGAAGGAUCGCACUCCUUACAAAGUAGCAGAGGAGAAUGAGUUCAGAAAUGUUUUGGAGGUUCUGGAUUCCGAAGAGAACAAAACUAGUGUCCCGCUGCAUAUGGCCAUAGGAAAAAACUCCGUAAAAAACAGCAACCGUCAGGUUAAGCGGAUUCCUGUCAAGCGGAAGCCACAGCCGCUAACACCACCACAUUCUGAUGGCUGUGGAUCGACACCUUCGCCUCACACUACAACGUACGGUCCUUCGUCGAGACCCACAGCCUCAGUUUUAGACUCGCCUUCCAGCGAUCGUACAAGUAGCGGAAAUGAUGGAUUUUCUCCUGGUUCACUACCCAUGACACACCCUUCCUACUGGACCUCAGAUGUCUCUCAUCAAUCCCCGCCAUAUGAGGGCACUGAGUUAGGAGUUUGUUCAUACUACGGAAAUUAUGCCAUGCAAAACUCAUCCUAUGCUCAUACUUUCUCUGCCACCGCCUAUCCUUCAUGUCAGUAUUCAGAAAGAUCCGCUUAUUAUGCGAAUCAGGUCUAAUCUGCCAAUUCAAUAUAAUCUUGUGUAGCUUCUGCGUGGUUAUCCCAAACCCUUGUUGACGGCUGAUGAAAUGAUCAGCCACCUAGUUCGACCAAUGAUUUCAGAGUCGGUUUUGUUGUUUCUUGCAGAAGGACAAAAAAUCGCUUUCUACAUAGCUCUUUGUAUCAUUUACCAGGGUGCCAAUUCCAUGAAAACAAAUUUUUUUGCUAAAUAAUGAAUUGUCGUUUAUGUACAUAUAUGCUCAUACUCGCCACUGUGGAGAGCUGUCUUUAUGCUAGUGUCCUAAACCUGUG